AUGUCUGCUGCCACGAUGCAGUCAGUCCCGGCUAUCCCCCCUCGCCCUACAAGGGCUCAAGAGAAAGAGAAUGGCUCAACCGUACCUGCGAUCCCCCCACGUCCUAGCCGUCGUUUUAAUCGUUCCGUAUCUCCUAACCCGGAUCGAUUUGCUCCCUCGCCUCUGAACGAAAGUCCAUUCCCACCGAAAGGUACCGGUGCUGCUCGACAUAGUCAAACCCAUCUUGGUGAGGAACUGGAGCGUCCUAUGAGCGUUGAGAUGCCCAAUGUGGGCGAAGAAGGCCGAGAGUAUGCCGCAGCUAUUGACGGGCUGAGCUCUCCGGAGGUCAGCCGUCGUUCAUCUGCUUCUCCCGAACAAACCCGUACUGUUGGCGCGGACAUCAAAUUGCACGCACCAAAGCCAACAAUGCCUGCCCAGAGCGCUAAACAGCGAGUUGCCGUGAUAACUCGCACCGAUUCCGAUAAGGCUGCAGCUUUUGGUAUCGGACGUCCUUCCUACGAGGAGCAGGCUUAUUCAGGCCGCAGCCUGAAGAAGAAGGCGAGUACUACGAGUCAGCUUUCCCACCAGAGUGAACUCUUCACCGAGGAUGAGAAUGGUAUCCCUGAGAUUGGACAACGGGUACCUAUGCUAGCCCAUGCAGGCGAUGUUCAGGCACCCUCGCCUGCUCCUGCCCCGAGAGCUGUGAGCACUGACGGGACAAGGCCUGCUGUUCGGCACCAUACUCGGAAGACGAGUUCUCGUGGUUUUAACGAGCUCCCUUCUGAUGUUUAUGGCCUCCAUGGACAUGGCGUUGCAUCAACCGACAAACUUGAAAAGGCCUAUUAUGAAAAACAUCCUGACGUCCUCCAUAAGGAGCGCUAUAAUCAUCUUCAUGACCGUGUCCAUGACUACUCGAUGAGUAGUGAGGAUCUCAACAAGAUCGUUCGGGAUACAGCCAGUCGCGGCGCUGGUUUUGGUACAUCAACAGAUUAUGUUGGGACCCCCAGCGAGCAAGUCGGUUAUCGAGCGGCGGAUGAAUACACCUCACGAAUUUCGUCUCCUCAACCGCCAUCCACGGCUCCCAAGCACGACACGAACCUCGCAUCGGCCUUCAAGGAUGAGACUGCCGAUAAUGCUGACAACAACAAUGUGAUUCACGUAGACGAGCCGGAUCGACGAAAGGGAUUCGCUAAAUUCGGUGAUGAGAAAUCUGCUGAGGGUGAAGGUGCUGAGGAAAUACACACUCAUCCAAUUCUAGCACCUGAUGAAGUAGCUAAAGAUCCCUCUCCUUAUCAACUACAGCCUGCUGUUGAGCCUCCGUCGGAACGACAUGGCAGUGCAUACGAAAUGGAGGGACCUAAGAGUCGCCCUACAAGUAGACCUACCAGUGUGUACAGCCCACCACCGCCGGAGAUUCAUUCGACCCCAUUGGAGGACGUUGAAGAGUAUGAGCCAUUGUUCCCGGAAGAUGAGAAGAGCGGCAAGAAACCCAAGACACAGGCCGAAAAAUUAAAGGAGAAUCACCAAAGAUUCCCCAGCCGCGAUAUCUGGGAAGAUGCGCCUAACAGUGUGCAUUCUACCGCGGAAGUCUCAACGCCAGAGUUGUUAGAAGCUCAAAAACAACAAGCAUCGGCCUUAGAUGUGCCUCUACGGGAUGGCGAAACCCCCGCCCAAGCUUUUGCACGGAGGCAAGAGGAGCUAGCCGAAAAAGAGGCUGUCACCCCUGACAGCUUUUUAUAUCGCCAACAGAAGCCCCCGUCGUGGGUUGGGAACCAGCCGCAUUUAAAUAAGGAGAUACAUAGUCGUCCGGGCAUGCCUACUAAUAGGUUUCCCAGUAGGGAUGUCUGGGAGGAUACACCUGAUUCUCUACAAUAUACCGCGACUGUUUCUACCCCAGAGAACACAGAAGAGACACGGGAUGACGAUGAUGAUGUAGAAAAGCCGGUUGCCAACCAGACUCCUCAGAAGCCUACGUUACCCUCGCGCCCUAAGAGGCAAGAAUCGGGUGAUGAUUCUACUUCGAAACCUACGAUUCCUGAUCGCCCAAAGCCUCAACUCCCCGUUCGUCCUUCGAAGCCCGUCGUUGAGUCUAAAGGACCGGAGCCAACAGUGAAGCCGAAGCCUGCGGUGCCUGCAAGGCCAGCUGGUGGGAAAAUUGCUGCUCUGCAGGCAGGAUUUAUGUCCGAUCUCAAUAAACGUUUGCAAUUAGGUCCUCAAGCCCCUAAGAAGGAAGAUUCUACCACGCAGGAAUCCACCGAGGAGAAGGAGAAGGCACCGUUAUCUGACGCGAGAAAGGGUCGCGCUAGAGGUCCCCAACGACGAGCUCCGACUAAAGCUGCCAGUCCAAGUGGCCAGGAAUCCAGUCCUCCGGUGUCCAACAGUCAACCUACCCUGAGCUUCUCUAUGACUCGUACCCUGUGGAGUAUAGACGAGGAGGGUAUCAUGACAGUAGACGGCUUGGUGCCAGCAGCGCCAUCAGAAACAGAAACCAAGCCUGACGAGGCUACAAGCGAAGAGCCCAAGGAGGCCCAACCGCAAGCACCACCAGAGCAGGACAAACAAGACGAACCGGAAGCCAAAACAGAAAAAGAGCUCGUAGAUUCGAAGCCAAGCGAAACGGAGACUGAAUCUAAGACAACAGAACCUACAGAAGAGACUAAAACACUGGCUACUAAUACCGCUGGCGAGUCUAUAUUAGAAGAGACUAUCACGAAGGAACCGUCGGGGGAUCAAGUACAAAGGGUUGAAGAGGCCAAAGAUGAGGUGACAGAAUGA